UCCAUCUUAAGUAUAAAUACACCCAAAGCUUUCCGUCCAUCCACCAGCUAACCUCGAGCUUCACUACUCUCACUGCUCUCUCUAACCUCCAUGGAAACAGCCCAAAGCAUCUCAGUACUCAAUCAAAUACGAGAGCAUCUUUUCGGCGACGCCGCCGCCUCCUUUGACGACCUCUUUACCAGUUUCCCGUCCCCCCCUCCGGCCGCCACCACCUCUUCUAGCGAACUCACCAUCUCCGAUUACCUCGAUCAGACAGAUAUCCAAACCUCACCCAUCCCCGACCACUACGGCGGCGGGUUCAGAUUUUGCGAACCGGCUCAAAAAAUGAUCCGAUUCGGUGGCGAUCGAUCCGAAAUCGGGCUCAUGCGCAACAUCCCCAACGCCGUCGCUCCGCAGGUGGAGUGGAUCAACGCCUCCGACGGCGAUCUUCGCCCAGCGGAGCUGUUCGAUUUUCAUAGGUACCGCGGCGUGCGGCAGCGCCCGUGGGGGAAGUUUGCGGCGGAGAUCCGCGAUCCCAAGCGCAGGGGAUCUAGGGUUUGGCUCGGGACUUUUGAUACCGCGAUGGAAGCCGCGCGGGCUUACGACCGCGCCGCGUUUCAGAUGCGCGGCAGCAAGGCGAUUCUGAACUUUCCCAAUGAGGUUGGAAGCUCGGCCAAUUGGGUUCGGCCGGCGAUGGCGGUGGAGAAGAGGGGAAGGGAGGACGAGGCAGCGGAAAGGGAGGUUAAGAGGACGAGGGAGGAGGAAUCUGAGAGGAAUAUUCCGUCGGAAGGGCCUUUAACACCGUCAAUAUGGUCGGUGGUGUUGGAAGGGGCGGAUGUUGAAGAGCUCUUCAAUAUGCCGCCUCUUUCGCCCCUAUCUCCUCACCCGUCGCUGAGAUUCCCACAGCUUAUUUGCUAAUGGUGAUUUGAAAUCAAAGAAGAAAAAAACUCAUGAAACGACGUUAAUGGCGGUUCAAAUUAGUGCUAAUUAUAUAUUAAUUGAAAGGUCUUAAGAUUGCUGGAUUUAAUUCUUCCUGCGAUGAAUUUGUAAUUUCAUAGUACAAAUUUGAAAU